AUGACCGGGCACGUUAAGGUGUGGGAUGUUGCUGCCUUGGUGGCGUCCCCUACACCACCACCGCCGCCCCCGCAACGGAGCAAUGUCCCAACGAAGAAGGAGCCGGCGGCUGCGCGCGGGGGGCGCGGCAAGGGGAGAGGGUUUGAUGAGGCGCCGCACGCGAUGCGGCCGUCACCGGGACAGGAGGAUCACUCGAACCUAGCUGCUCUAUGGAGUGUGGCGCUACCCAUGGCGCGGGUGACCUCGCUUUCGUUCUCUCCUAACGACAGCGCCACCUUCGCACUGGCUUGCUGGGACGGAAAAAUGGCGCUCUUUCUUCCAGCCACUCCAGCUCAAGCCGCCGUCCUUCCCCCAAACGAAAGCCUUUGCGAAGCUUCUACUAAUACAGCAACUGCAGGCGCUCCUACUAGUCCAGCAACUGCAGUCGGCGGCGGCGGCGGCGGCGGCGACAAUGACACUGGCGAGGGUGUCGGCAGCAAGCGCGCGUGGAAGCAAGUAUGGCGCGAGGCAGCAGCACCCGACAAGGUAGGCGGUUUCAAGGGGCGAGAGAACUUGGAGGACCAGGACGGGACAUUCUUGUGCUGGUGCAAGGCCUCCAAUGCCUCUACAACCGACGUCGCCGUUUCGACCUACUGCACCACGACCGGCGACUACUCGAAACGACCUUGCGGAGAUUCCGACGAAGAAGAACGUGGCGGCGAGACAACGCUCCCCGCCCCUCGAAACGCCGCGAGGGAGUUCCCACUGCCCGAGCCGCCCCGCGAAGCCUACCCUCCGGCGAUGGGGCCCGGGAUCGAAGUGUUGGCGGAAGGGGGCCUGGGUGGGAGGAUAGGCGGGGCGGUGUCCGCGUCCCGCCGGGAUGGAGUGACGCGGGAACCCACCGCAGAGCGAUACUUGAUCCAUGGGCUGGCGGCGGGGCCCGGCUUCGUGGCUCUGUACGACUCUGACCUGUGUCUACAUGUCAUUUCUAUCGCCGCGAUGAUUAGCGACGCCUGCGUCUUGCCGCCGCCGACUCCUACGAUCGAAACGGAAGCGUUAUCUGGGCACCCGGACAACGCGUCCCCGGGUGCGGCGGCAGACGCAGAGGCGUCAACGCCGCCGCGGCCUACACGAAACGUUACCCUUGUCGACAAUGAUCACGGCCUGAUCGCGGCCUGCGUCCGACGACAUAGCGGGCCAGACAGUGCUGAUGUGGCAGCCCCUCCAGAAGGUGGACUAGAUCUCGCCAUCACUUGGCGGGACGCCUCUUCGGGAGUCGAAACCCCCGAUGAUGGGGAGUGCGUCGGGCAAAGGAGAGGCGAAAACAACCGAAGGUUGUCGUUUCUGCCCGGCGAGUUGGCUGGUGAUUUCGGGGGGUGUGACGACGACGAGGGGGGAGUGUUCUGCGCUGACGUUAGAUGGCAGCGCUUGGCUCUCUUCACGCGUGAAACCGUCCUCGUGUACACGCGCCCUGCUCGAGAGAAGGCCGGGCGAAAAGGCCACGAGACACCGUGCGGAAAUGCUCUUGGCGCCGGGGGGUGGAGAGCAUACGCGGAGUACCCGAUAGUGCAUGGGCUUCUUCUCGGAGGAGCGUCCACGGCGACCUACCUGUUCAAAAGCCUCCCGAAGGCCCCUGAAGAUCUGACCGAUAUAUAUCUCCUCGUAGUGUUGGGGGCGAACGCAAAAUCUAGUGGCGACGGCCCAGUCCUUUCGAUUCGGUCCCUUCGAGAUCGAAGCGUCACUUGCCGAUGUCCCCUCUCGUCGUAUUCGGACGACGUCGGAGAGGCUGGUGCGGUUGCAAGGCAACCGGGGACGAGGGUCUACGCAUCCCCUGGCUACGGCGGAGGCGUAUUUGUUGUGGCCGCGGAAGGAGGGAGCGGGGAGUGUGCCAGGAUGUGGCGGGGAAGCUUCGAUGAAGGUAGUUGCCGAUUAAAGAUGGGAUCUUCGAUAAUCAUCACGUCAUAUCCUUGGCCCGAGCCAGAAACGCUGCGUCUGCAAGGAGUUGCUGGACCGAAUUGCGAGCUGAUUUUGUUCAAGGAAGUUGGGGCUGGCUCGAGCUCGGAGAAUCGUUCCAAUGACGACACCUGUCGGAGCGUACGGUGGUGGAUGACUUGGCCCGAGGCUGAGAUAUGGAAAUGGGUCGACGCGCCCGCGCUACUGGGCGAAGAAGAUCUGGGCGUUGCUGAUUUUGUAAAGAUUUUUCAGGUGGAGAUCGAGGACGCGAUAAGGGUACACGCCCAGGGUCCUGAAGCGUAGGGCGACGACCUUCCUUCCUAUAGAGGAUGAUUUACUCUCGUCGCAAUAGAGCGACAGGGUUAAGUUAGCGGAAGAGAGCUCAACUCCCAGUUGUCGGGAGCCGCGUUGAUGUUUGGCCACGCGGGUACUACGGGGGCAAGGGGUCGGACAGGAGCAAUGAAUAGUACACGUUGUCGAGUACUUUCCUCUCGCUCGGUGCAGGCACCGUUCGUGGCAAGCCAUUAUGGCAAUACGCGCGCGUUUCUGUGUUCAUUUGAGACGCCCACUGCACAACGAGCAAUUGGCUGCGACAGGACACAGGAAAGUUAAAGAGCAGUUUGAGGGUGGUGCAAAGUUAGAAAUUGAUGGCAUUGGCCACGGUGUUUGUGUCAAUAUGUACACUGGCUUGAUAGCAUACUAGUGGUCAUGCUGUACAUCUAACAGUUCGCGGGUGCCACGAAAGGGGGCCAUGUGAAAGGCGAUUACUUCUCCUGCCCACCUAGCAACUCAGAGGUGCGAAUAGAAUUCGAUCGGUGAAUAAACAACGGCUCCGGAAAUCGAGCUGAAGCGUGUGUCCGUGUGUGUUCCCUUGAGCGAUUU